AUGAAGGCCAGUCAACGCACCUUCGAUAUCGCCGAGCUCCGCGACCAAAUUCUGCAAUACCUGCCAGCCAAAGAUCUCCUCCUCCUCCAACGCGUCAACGGAGCAUGGCACCAAUCCAUCUCAACUGAGUCCUCGACUCAGUUCCGCGCCAAAGCAAUGCUCUUCCAGGAGACUUCCUCCGAAGGCGCCUCGACCGAGCAAGCGCCUCGAUUCAACAAGCUCAUCCUCAAUCGUCUUAAGAGAAAUGGGCAAGCAUCAACCAUCAUCCAGCUCGACAACAACACACACAUCGAACUGGCACUUCGCCAUCACCUCUGCCACCACAUCGGCUGGAACCAUCAUCUGACAGUAUACAUGGACGAACACGCAGCGUCCACCCCGCUUCCCGCACAAUCGCAGUACGAUAUGUAUUUGGUCCAAUCCAGUCUAACCAUCUUCCUCGAAGUAAAGGUCCACUCUCCCGCCAUCGACAAGCACUCGAUCAGCAUUACAGCACUGGUGAAGGCAGCGCGGCUUGGAGAUGUCGUCAAGGCAGCACAGAAGCUGUUCAUCUGGGCAGGUGGGAACGAUCCGAGAUACGUGAGCCGGGCGCAAAAGGCGGAGUACAAGAAGAAGUGGAAGAUGCUAUGCUCUCACGAGGAUCUUGAGAUGUUCUGUGGCCUUGUGCCACAUUUUGGAAGGACCAGUCAAUGCUGA